AUGGGUAAGAAUUAUGUAGAUGAGGUGCUAUGUGAUGUUGUUGAGAUGGAUACAUGUCAUUUAAUUUUGGGAAGGCCAUGGGUGUGGGAUGUAGAUGUUACUCAUAGAUGUAGAGACAACGUGUAUGUAUUCUUUAAGAAUAACAGGAAAAUUUUCCUUGGUCCUAUCAAGGAGGGCGGUGUACCCAAAGCUUCUAAAGUGGAGGGGAAGUCGUUGCUUCUUCUGGGUAACAAUGAGGAUGCAUUUGACAAGGAAGCUAGGGAAUCAAAGCAGGUAUUUGCAGUUGUGGUGACUGAUGGUAGACCCAAAGUAGUGCUUGAAAUACCAGUAGUAGUGCAACCAUUACUUAAGGAUUUUGGGGAACUAUUUCCAGAUGAGCUGCUUUUAGGAUUGCCAUUGAUGUGUGACAUUCAACACCAAAUUGAUUUGGUAGCCAGCCUACCAAACUUGCCACAUUACCAGAUGAAUUCGCAGGAGAGCCAUAUCAUGCAAGGUCAGGUGGAUGAAUUGCUUAGUAAAGGACAGAUUAGAGAAAGCAUGAGUCCACGUGCAAUACUUGCCCUAUUGACACCCAAGAAAGAUGGAAGCUGGCGCAUGUGUGUGGAUAGUCAAGCCAUCAACAAGAUUAUAGUCAUGUAUUGA